AUGCAAUUCGUUUACUAUACCAUUCUAAUAUUAUUUUUUGCGAUCGAGGUUCAAGCAAAUGUUUAUUGCUUGAAUUCUUUUAAUCGCGAGCCUGCUACUGUUAUGCAGUGCUCUUCAAAUUAUUGUAAAAAGUAUACUGGUGCUACUGGGAUUGUGAGUUUUUUAGGAGUAAUUUGAAAAUUCCAGAGUUUUUUGAUUGUAUAAAAAUUUCAUUUUUUUCAGUAAAAUUCUAUGUUUUUUGAAAGUUAGGUUAAUUUUCUGUGAAGAAAAAACAAACUUUAACUUGAAGAAAGUUUAAAAUUUCUGAAUUCCCAAAAAAGGAUUUUUGAAAAUCUGGAGUCUGAGAUAAAAAUCGAUUUAUUUCAAUUUCAAUUAAAAAAAAAGUCAUUGACAAAUUCACACAUUUUACACGGUGUCUCACUGUUUUUUUUUCGAAAUUUCAAUUUUUCUAUUUGAGAAGCUCCCACAGAAAAAUCCGAGGAUUUUACCAUGCUCUUUCAAAUAAGUUCUCAUUUUUUGCAGACGCAACUAUCUUGCGAUGAUACGGGUGAUUGUCAACGCUCAUUUGAGCGACCAUUUUAUACACAACCGAUGAAACUCUACGCUUGCUUGUCGGACCAAACAACACGGGAAACAUGUUGCUGUAAUUAUGAUUUUUGCAACGCUUCUACACAUAUUAUUUCAUCACAUAAUUUAUUCACUUCUAGCAUUCUCAUUUCGAUUCUUUUCAUCAUAAUCUAA